ACUCUCUCUUCCACAUUUCUUCAUUUUCCUCUUUAGAGAUCUCGACCAACACCUUCACUCUCUGUCGGUGCCAUUUCCUUUUUCUUCAAAAUGAAGGUUAUUGAUAAGAUUAGAGAUGGCACUUCUUCAAAUAAGGUCGUCUUCUCCUUCGAAUUCUUCCCUCCCAAGACCGAGGAUGGCGUCGAGAACCUCUUCGACCGUAUGGACCGUAUGGUCGCUCACAAUCCCGCAUUUUGCGAUAUCACCUGGGGGGCCGGUGGCUCCACCGCUGAUCUCACUCUCGACAUCGCUAACCGUAUGCAGAACGUCAUCUGUGUCGAGACUAUGAUGCAUCUCACCUGUACUAACAUGCCUGUUGAAAAGAUCGACCACGCUCUUCAAACUAUCAAGUCUAAUGGCAUUCAGAAUGUUCUCGCUCUUCGUGGCGAUCCUCCUCACGGCCAGGAUAAGUUCGUCCAGAUCGAGGGUGGCUUUGCCUGCGCUCUCGACCUCGUGAAACAUAUUAGAUCCCAGUAUGGUGACUACUUUGGCAUUACUGUUGCUGGUUACCCAGAGGCACACCCCGAUGCCAUUGGACCUAAUGGAGUGGCUACUUUGGAAUCUUAUACCAACGAUCUUCAAUAUCUGAAGAAAAAGGUGGAUGCUGGUGCAGAUCUGAUUGUUACUCAACUGUUUUAUGAUACUGAUAUUUUUCUCAAGUUUGUGAAUGACUGUCACCAAAUUGGAAUAACUUGCCCCAUUGUACCUGGAAUUAUGCCAAUUAAUAACUACAAGGGCUUCUUGCGAAUGACUGGUUUUUGCAAAACAAAGAUACCAGCUGAGGUUACUGCUGCCUUGGAGCCUAUCAAAGACAAUGAAGAAGCUGUUAAAGCCUAUGGAAUUCACCUUGGAACAGAAAUGUGCAAGAAAAUCUUAGCUAAUGGGAUCAAGACAUUGCAUCUUUAUACACUAAAUAUGGAGAAGUCAGCAUUAGCCAUUUUAAUGAAUCUUGGUCUGAUUGAAGAGUCCAAAAUUUCCAGACCCUUACCUUGGAGACCCCCUACUAAUGUUUUCCGUGUUAAAGAAGAUGUUCGUCCUAUAUUUUGGUCUAAUCGUCCAAAGAGUUACUUGUUGAGGACAACAGGUUGGGACCAGUAUCCUAAUGGGCGAUGGGGUGAUUCUCGUAAUCCAUCAUAUGGUGCUUUAUCUGACUAUCAGUUCAUGCGUCCACGUGCACGUGACAAGAGACUUCGCGACGAAUGGGCUGCCCCCUUGAAAAGCAUUGAAGAUAUUUGUGAAAAAUUUAAGAAAUACUGCCUCGGGAAGUUGAGAAGCAGUCCUUGGUCUGAGUUAGACCUUCAGCCAGAGACAAAAAUCAUAAAUGAACAGCUAGGGAAGAUCAACUUGAAAGGUUUUCUCACAAUCAAUAGCCAACCUGCUGUUAACGGGGAAAGAUCUGAUUCACCAAUUGUUGGAUGGGGUGGGCCAGGAGGAUAUGUUUACCAGAAGGCCUAUCUAGAGUUUUUCUGCUCUAAGGAGAAGUUGAAUGUACUUGUUGAGAAAUGCAAGGCCCUGCCAUUUAUAACUUAUAUGGCUGUAAACAAAGAAGGGAAUUGGAUAUCCAAUGGCAGUAAAACAAAUGUGAAUGCCGUAACUUGGGGAGUCUUCCCAGGGAGGGAGAUUAUCCAACCUACUGUUGUUGAUCCUGCUAGUUUUGUGGUGUGGAAGGACGAGGCAUUUGAAAUAUGGUCAAGAUCAUGGGCUGCCUUAUACCCAGAGGGUGACUUAUCAAGAAAAUUGCUUGAACAGGUGCAGAGCAGCUAUUAUUUGGUUAGCUUGGUAGAAAAUGACUACAUCCACGGCGAUAUCUUCUCUGUUUUUACAGAUAUAUGAGAUGAAUUGUUCAACUCAGCUCCUAAUAUUGAAGCCCAUUGAAGCCAUUGACGGUGGUGCCUUACUCAAAUUGAAUUAUAAUUCUAUUUGCAAUUGGAAUGUAUUGAAUUAUAUUAUUAUUACUUGCUUGUACUAAUAAGAUAAUUGGGAUUUUGAUA